CCAUGAACCAACUAAACAACGACAUACAAGCGCAGGCGUUUUGAUUGGUGUUGAUUUGUGAUACGGUAACCUCCAAAAUAAAUGAUAUUUUUUAAAAAUAAAUAAUACUUAAUUUAAAUGCCGGUUUAAUUAAUUAUUGAAUAAAAAUAAAUUAAUAUUUAUUAAUAAAUAAUGGCUACCGCAGUGCCUUCCCGUUUUGCAGUACUUGCUAUUGAUGAUGACGAUUGUAAACCAAAAAAAAAUAAAAAAAUCUCAACUAAUAAUAUUAAUAACAAUGAUAAAAAUCUUACUAACAAACAAUUAAAAAAUAAAAAUAAUAAAAGUAAUCUACAAGUACAAAAAACUUCAGCACAGCCUAAAAAAGAUGAUAAAAAAAAAUCAAAGCCAAACAAAAAGAAAAAAUCUGAAAAAGAAACUCAACAAUGGGAACAAUGGAAAGAAAAAGAUUCGAUGUCUGUUGAAGAGGCAUAUAAACAACAGCUACACGAAGCAUUACUUUUAUCAAAGUUAGCUUAUGAAGAACAGAAGGAAAAUAAUUUGAAAAAAAGUCCUGAUGAUUCUGGUAAAAAAUCAACCGGGUCGAGUAAAAUAAAAAAAGCUGCUACUAUGUCAUUGGAUGAGUUCAAUAAUUUAACUGCUAAUAAUGAUGUCAUUGAUGAAUCAAAUUCUCAAGAAAAGACUAAAGAGUCAGAUGUUGAAUUUUUUGAUCGCAUUGACAAAGAAACAAAACAAGAAUUAAUUAACAACAAACAACGGGAUAUUCUAAAGUCACGUUUAAAUAAACUUGAUGAUGAUAUAUCAUUGGCACAAUUGAAAGUUGAAGUUGAGAAACGUGAUACCGAGAUAUCAGAAUUGAAAUCAAUAAUUGAUAAGCUUAAAAUUGAAUUAUCUCAAGUAAAAGAAAGAAAUAAAAAACUAUGUGGUAUUUUAGCUGUUGGUGAAAUGAAAGACAAGGCUUCAGUAAUAGCAGAAGUAUCAAAAUUACAAGAAAUAAGAGAUGAAUUAACAUCUGAAGUAACAUUGUUGCAUGCACAAUUGGAACAAGAACGUUCUAAAACACGUGCCUCAAGCGCUGAUUUAAAAAAUACUAAAAAUAAAAAAAAAACAACCAAUGAUACUGCCUAAACUAAAUAAUUAUUUAAUUACCAUACCAGUUCUAAUGAAAAAUAUCAUCUUUUUCAUUUGAAAUUAGAAUUUUUUUUUUUUUUACUCAGAAAAAAAAAGUAUACGGUAUUACACAUUUACUAUAUUAACAUUUAUCAAAACUAAACUAGGUAUGUGAUUUAAGUUCUUCUUCCGUAAAGUAAUUAUUAAUAGUACUAAUAAUAAUAUUAUUUAAUAAAAGAUACAAAACUACGACUGAUUAAUAAUUAUGAUUAAAUAAUAUGCGAUUAAUGAUAAUUAAUUAAAUAUUUAACUAAUUGAUUAUUCAGUGCAUUAAUACUAAAUUUAUAGAAAUAAUCCAUCAUGAAC